AUGAAAACACCUGCUCGUCAUUCUCCCGUCGCCUCUGGUGUCCCGAAUUCUCACUCACGAUCAAAUUCGUACACAAUCUCGCAUCCUCAGUCGCUGCGAUCCAAGCAGACAAAAUCCUCGACCCCCCUCCAGUCUCCACGAAUGCCCUACUCGGUGGGCCAGAACCACCCCCCCAAGCUCUCACCGCGCGUCGUUCCAGAUGCGAGAGCACCUAGUCCUAAUUACUUUGGCCUCAUUGUCGAGUCGGCAAAUGAGCGAGGAGACUCUUCCUCUGGUCUCCCUAAGGAUACCUGGAGCCCAUCAUCCUCAGUAAAGUCUUUCGCCGCAGCCAUUCCAAAGCAGGUUCCUCUUGACGCAAACCCUGAAUUCGAGGCUUUCAAGAGACAGGCGGACCUUAACCGGGGCAAAUCCUUUGCUCUGUCAACUAACCAUUACGCCGGUCCCUCCGUGUCAUCGUCCGGAGUUGCCCCCGUGCGACCUCGACCUCCGCGAUGGCACACUCAUGGAAGCGAAACCGGCGCAGAGUCUCCAUUUGGUCGCGGCCUCAGUGCUGCCAGCAUUCGACCCGCGAGUCGAAUGGAUGUUGAUCAGGAAAGCCUACAGGACUCAGCAUAUGUUUCGUCCGACUCGAAACGCAACUCGGAAUCGUCUCUGCAUAACCAUCUUCCCACUCUUAAUCUACCUCGAUUCGAAUCGCCACGUCCAAUGGAUCCCUCACAGCACCGUACGAAUUUAACUCGAUCAGAGGACCGCGAUCCGCGGUUGUCAGUAAUGGAACAUCGGGUCGAACCCCCCGAUGCUCGAGAUAUUCGACGUUCCGAGACGGUGCCUGCCACUCUGGAGCCAGGACAGCCUCACAUGAUUACUGGUGCGCAGCUCAAGGAUAUGCUUCGAACUGUUCAGGAGGACCGGCUCCUUAUUCUCGAUCUUCGUUCAUCGCAAAACUUCGCCCAUGCUAGAAUCCAGGGUGCUCUUAACCUCUGUAUCCCGACCACCCUUCUCAAGCGGGCUACCUUUAACAUUCAGAAGCUCCAGCAGACAUUCCAGGGAGGAUCCGAGUCAAGUAAAUUCUCCAGGUGGAGAGAAAUGGACUAUAUCGUGGUCUACGAUGCUCACUCAUCUGACAAGCGGGAUGCCGUCACUGCCCAGAACAUGAUCAAGAAGUUCACCAACGAGGGAUUCUCUGGUGGUACCUGUAUUCUCAAGGGCGGGUUCAACUCCUUCCAGGAAUAUUACCCGGAUUUUGUUGACCAUCAAUGCGCGACUGGUUCCCCUGGAAAGCCUGGUCAUGGAGGUAUUGCUCCUGUCAUUGGCGGAGUGAUGCUUCCCACCUCGACCAACGAUGUCAACCCCUUCUUCGCCAAUAUUCGACAAAACAUGGACCUGGCAGACGGUGUUGGUCAACUCGAUGUCUCUCGACCUUCUGCUCUGGACUCGCCUUCUCUGCCUAGAUGGCUACGAGAUGCGGCGUCCAAGCCCGAUCACGGAAAGAAGGUCUCUGACAAAUUUCUGCACAUCGAGGUCGACGAACAGUCUCGUAUGAAGGCGGCAUAUGCUGCUUUCAACCCUAGCAACAAGGAGAAGCGCGCACCAGUUCAGCUAUGCGGUGUUGAGAAGGGUGGCAAAAACCGAUACAAGGACAUUCUACCCUUUGAGCACGCCCGAGUUAAGCUUCAGGAGAAGCCAGAAGGCUCCUGCGAUUACAUCAACGCCAGCCAUCUCAGGGCUUCGCGGAGUAACAAGCGGUACAUUGCCACCCAGGGCCCGCUCCCUGCUACAUUCGAGGACUUUUGGUCUGUUAUCUGGGAGCAGGAUGUGCGUGUCGUGGUCAUGUUGACUGCCGAGUCAGAGGGAGGCCAGCUUAAGUGCCACCCCUACUGGAAGGGCAGAGACUUUGGAGCCAUCAGGCUCAAGCCGCUUUCUGAGAAGAAGGUAUCCCUUGAUAUUGAUAAGCAUAGAUCCGAGUCGCACGCUACUCCAUCUGCCUCGAUGGGCGAGCAGGGAAGAAGACGCGCAAACACGACAACAACGUUGGAGUCCGCCACGCCGACACCGAAGCCCCUGCAGGGCCAAACAGAAACCCCGUACGUCAUUGUUCGAAAGUUUGCCCUGUCGCACAGCGCCCAUCCUUUCGAGCCGAUUCGGGAGAUCACGCAUCUUCACUUCCCAUCGUGGCCCGACUUUGGCACUCCCGCGCAGCCAUCUCACCUGUUGGCGCUUGUUGAGCUGGCCAAUGUCAUGCAACGGUCCGCUCUUCCCAUCGAAACGCAAUCGGUGAUGGGAUCCAAGUCAUCACCGAUCGAACUGCCCAUCACCUGGUACGAUGAGCCUGAGCUGGAUGCGCGCGCCCGACCGAUGCUCGUUCACUGCUCGGCCGGAUGUGGACGCACGGGCACGUUUUGCACGGUGGACAGCGUAAUCGACAUGUUGAAACGCCAGAGACAAGCCAAGAUUGCGGCAGUGCGAGGACGAGACCCAGAGGGUGACGUUUCCAUGGGAGAGACAGGAGAUGUGUCUCCUCGAUCUGUUAGAAACUUUAACUUUUACACACCCGGUCAAAGGUCCAACAUGGAGAGGAGAGUGGCACGUGGCGCCUCAGCCAUUGACAUAAGCUGGCUGUACGACGACAGCGUGGAUCUGAUUCAGAAGACGGUGGAGGAUUUCCGAGAGCAGAGACUGAGCAUGGUACAGAGUCUGAGACAAUACGUGCUCUGCUACGAGACCGUGCUUGAGUGGGUGACGAGGAUGAAUGAGCGAGGAGCGACGGCAUCAGGAGCAUAA